AUGACGUGCCAGGCGUUCAGCGCCGCGGACUCGUUCGCCACCCUGGCAGGAGACUCCCCUGCCCUGCCUCUGCUGAUGCACCAUGCCAGCACGGGGGAAUGCCUGCCCGUCAGUAGCCACGCCAGCAACAUGGUGUCCGCAGUGUCGUCCGGCUUGUCUCUGGUCCAGUCCUCCAAGCGGUCACACAUGCAUCUGUCCACCUCUGCCCUUGGCAACACGUCGGCUGGCCUGCACUACCCCAUGCCUCCUUGUCACUAUAGCAACCAGCAGACCACAUACGGGAUGAUGGCAGCACAGGAGAUGCUCUCUGCUAGCAUCUCCCAGACUCGCAUUCUACAGACCUGUAGCAUGCCCCAUCCCAACAUGGUCAACGGAGCUAACACAUUACCAGGCAGUUUGGCCCCGUGCCUGUACAAGUUCCCGGAGCACAGCCUGGGAGGAGGGUCAUGCGCGCUGAGCCACAGCUUCGCCCCGCUGCCCCAGGCUCUGCUGACGGAGGAGCCCAGCCUGGGCGACAUCAAACAGGAGCUCCGCCGGAAGAGCCGACCCCCAGAGGAGCCGCCUGACAUGGACUCACCCCAAAUUCGGGAGCUGGAGAAGUUUGCUAAUGAUUUCAAACUGCGCCGGAUCAAGCUGGGCUACACCCAGACCAAUGUAGGUGAGGCGCUAGCUGCUGUCCAUGGGUCAGAGUUCAGCCAGACCACCAUCUGCCGUUUUGAGAACCUUCAGCUCAGUUUCAAAAACGCCUGUAAGCUGAAGUCCAUCCUUGCCAAGUGGCUGGAGGAGGCCGAACAGGCUGGAGCUCUGUUUAAUGAGAAGAUGGGCAUACACGAGAGAAAGCGGAAGCGGAGAACAACCAUCAGUAUGGGGGCGAAAGAGGCCCUGGAGAGAAAUUUUGUGGAGAAGAGCAAGCCGUCCUCGCAGGAGAUCGUCCGCAUGGCGGAAGGGCUACACCUGGAGAAAGAGGUGGUGCGCGUGUGGUUCUGCAAUCGCAGGCAACGGGAGAAGCGCGUGAAAACCAACCUGCACCACAGCUCUUUCUUCUCUAAAGAGGUUCCCUCCUGCAGGUAGACAUC